AUGAGCGAAGUCGAGGCAGCUUCCGCCGAGGCGCCGCAGAGCGUGCCUGCGCGCGAGGUCAAGUACUGCGAGAUUUGCUCGUUCCCGUACGAGUACUGCGAAUAUGGCUCGUCAUUGACCAAGUGCAAGGCGAACCUGGAGGCCAAGGACCCCGCUCUCUUUGCGCAGCUGUACUCUGAAGAGGCGCUCACGGACAAGCUCAAGUCGCUCACCACCGAGCAGGUCGAGUCGCUGGAGCGCGAUAGUGCGAAGCGCGAGCGCAAGGCCGAGGCCAAGGCCGAAAAGGAGCGUGCACAGCUCGCGGCCUCCAAGAUUGUCCUGUCGCGUGUCGCGCGGACAAAGCGCAAGGUCAUUACGUGUAUCCACGGCCUGCACCUCUUUUCGCCUCCGCUUCCGCAGCUCAAGGUGAUCGCAAAAGGUCUCAGCUCGCGCUUCGCGACUGGCGCGUCGGUCACGCAGAGUGUGCAGCACCCCGGCAUCGACGAGAUCCACAUCCAGGGCGACGUGGUGGAUGACGUGAAAAAGAUGCUGGUGCAGCGUGCCAAGCCCUUUGAGCUCAUCCCCCCCGAGUCCGAGGGCGGCUUGACGGAGAAGAACAUUGUGAUUGAUGACAAGGCUGCGAAAUAG